AGUGACAGAAGUGACUUUUUUUGUUUUAAUCAACAUUCUUAAAAUAAUUUACUCGCGUUAUUAAGAUAGUGAUUUAUUACGAACAUAUUUUAAUGAUGAGCUCGCCAUUUAAUUUUGAGGACCUCUUUCCACGUGAAGAAAUAAAAACGCCGUCAUUUGAAAAUUUUCUGUGUGAUGAACUUAAAACACCGACACAUGAAAAUUCCCCUAUGGGAUGAACUUAAAACACCGACAAACGAUAAUAAUUGUCCGGCUUCAAAUGUGCACGAUGUUGAAACUCCAAAAACUUCCCGGAAAAGAGCUUCUGAACUCUCCCAGACCGGGAAAUAUGGUAAACGUUCCAGACUACCUGAAGAUCAAAAAUACUCUAACGGAUGGAAUUUAAAUUUGGAAGAAACAGCACCAGAAUUUCCAGAAGAACCUUUGCAAAUUAAUGAUGAACUUGAUAAGGCAAUAAAUGAUGCAAUUAAAGAUGUGAUAGAACCAACAGAAGCGUCUUCUGGAUGGUGGGAGCAGUUCACCGAAUAUCUUUCGAAGAUGGAUUCUCCAAAGUCUCCCAAAGAAUCUGAAGUGAUUGACCAAAACAUAGAAGAGACUAAAGGCAACUUUGAGGAAAACAAGUUCGGUGAAUCUCUGAAACUAGAUUUAAAUAAUGAAUUUGAACAAAUUUUAAAAUCUACGUCUGAGCAAAUGGAUAACAAAAAGGAUGAAUAUUCUACGAAAAAGGAUACGCCAAGGCCUUCGAAACAAACCGAUUCGAUUGACGAGGAUGUAAUGAAAAGAAAUGAUACAUCAUCAAUACAAUUGAAGAGUAGUAAGGAUAUUGAUGAAAGCAAGUCUGGCGUAUCGGUCAACUUAGAUUCCAUAUUUGGAUUACCAGUUGCAAACCAUAAAAGUGAGCAGAAACAGAAAACUAUCUUCGAACGAAAGCCUAAAGAUAAGGAGGCCCAAAAGCCCGUUAUUGAAGAUCAGCCAUUUGAAGAAGAUAACGAGCCAAUGAAGGAAUUUUUGGCAGCAUUUACCAAAUUUGCUCCUUUGCAGCAAAGGGAAAGCCAAGUGCCAGAUAAUGCAGAGAUUGAAGAGUCGAACAAAGAUGUAGACGCCGAAAGCAAGUUGGAAACAGGAAAUUCGAAAAAUUCAUCGGACUCCGAAGAUUUCUUGAAGAACAUUGAUAGCUCAGAGUCGGCGAAGGAAUCAUCGUGUUCUGGCUCGGAAUCUGUAACCGAUUCAAAAUCAAAGAAAAAAGCUCGAAAACGGAAUGCAACUUCACCUUCUGGUUCUAGUCAAGGAGAGUCCAACGAAUCCAAAAGUGAGGAGAAUUCACAAGAUCCUUUUGCAUUAGUUGAAGCAUUGCGAGAAAUGGAAAAUAAAGAAAAAACUGGCGGUAAGCAGAAAAAAUCAAAGAAAAAACGCAAAAGCAAAAGAAAGUGGAGCAACUCCUCAGAUUCAAGUUCUAAAGGAAACAAUAAACGCUCUAGAAAGCACAGCGACUCGGACAGCGAUGAUAUCCUUACGUCCCGCAAAUACAAAUCUAAACAUAAGGCAAAUGUUAGAAAUGGCUUGGAUUUCUAUGAGGAUGACAGUGUAAGCGAAGAUGAUAGAUUUAGCUCUGAUGGUUUCGGUUACAAUGAAAAGCUCAACUCGGAUUUUUCAAAUGCAAAUCAAUUAAACGAGUAUGAGGAGCUGUACAAUAAGAUGUAUCAGAUUUUUGAACAGGUUCCCAGUCGCUACAAAUACGAAAUGAACACUGUGCUUUAUCCUACUCUAGUUGUGGUUUAUCUACGCAUGAUUGCCAGCGGGAAGUUUCGACGAGGCAAAACCUUUGUGGAGUCCUCGAUGCGUUCCUUAGAUCACUCUCUAAUGCCACGUAUUGAUAAACUAAUGACGCUGCAAUGCUCAGCCGAUCUGCCAAAGAAGGCCAGAAGAUUGCUCGCUGGCGAGCAACAGGCUCGGGUUAAAGUAGUUCUGUGUGAGCAGAGCUACGAACUGCUUAUAUCCUUCAAGAAAAGCUGGGCAUCCUCAAAGCAGACUUUAUUUGAACAGCAUUUCGAACUGAUUGUCAAGGAGAAUAAUGGAGUACCGUACCAGCAAAUUGGAAUGGGUUGCGCCCCCUUAGAUAAGGUUUAUUGGGCCACAGGCGAAGCAGUCAAGGAGCCGCCACCGCCCAGUCCUCGAGCAGCGCGUCGCAAUCGCUUGAAGAAAACCAAACUGUCACCUGUUAAGAACCAACACAUGCCCAUUGGCAAUCGUCUCUACACUCCAAUGCCCAGACGUUGGGACUUGGAGCUGCAAAAGGACGAUGAAGAGCAUCGAGUGCCUUUGGACAAAGAUAAUUUGCCAUCGAUUUAUAUCCAUGAUGUGCGCGAGAAGACUGAAUCUGUGAUCUGUGCCACCCUCUCCAGCAAGGCCACAAUGCUGGCCAUUGGCACUCAGUCGGGUGCAGUCCACGUCUCCUCGCUGACCUCUACAAAGCUGGUGAAAAUCAAGUCGGCCAAGAGUUUGGAGAAACUCGACACCAGCACUCCGGGUAUAGAUGAGCGCAUGAUGGACGCGUCGAGUGAAAAAAUGAUACGCAAACUCUAUGGACAUCAAGGAUCUGUUUACAGCUGCGCCUUUGAGCCGCAUGAUCAUUUCCUGCUGACUUCGUCCCAGGAUCGCACUGUGCGUUGUUGGUGCCUCUUCACGUGGAGCUGUGUGGUCAUCUAUCCCGGCCACAUGGCGGCCAUCUACAGCGUGUGCUAUGCGCCCCAAGGCUAUUACAUUGCCACCGCCUCUGAAGAUCGCACGGUUCGCAUUUGGACGCAGGACAGUCGUAAAUCACUCUGUGUGCUCGUCGGACAUCUGGCCGAGGUGAGUAACUGCAAGUUUCAUCCGAAUAGACAUUACUUGGCCACGGGAUCGGCCGAUUGCACUGUUCGCUUGUGGGACAUUAUUAAGGGAGUUCAGGUGCGACUUUUCACUGGUCACAGGGAUGGCAUCACUGCUUUGGCCUUUUCAACUUGUGGACGCUACUUGGUCACAGGUUCUAACGAUCAUUAUAUAGUUGUAUGGGACAUCGAAAAGGAGCACUUGGUGCGUGCUCUGUCCUAUCACACUGCGGGCAUUAACAGCAUUGUGUUUGCCAUGGAUAACAAGCUCUUUAUGGUUGGCGGACAGGAUGGCGAGUUAUCGAUUUGGAACUUCGAGCAUCUAGUUCAGGAAUACGAUUCGGAUGAGAUAAGGAAAUUGACAAACUCGAAAAGAAAAUGCUCGAAGCUUAAGAGUGACGAUUUGCUGGUCAUCUCUUACCCCACCAAGGAAUCUCCUUUCUAUGAGCUGCACAUCACGCCCCGGAAUUUAUUACUCGCAACUUGUAUUUUUAAAAUGGAGUCACCUGAUAAAGAGUCUGACAUGAACAAGUCUACUGAUGAUGAAGAGCUCGCAAUGAUUAAGGCUUACUUUACGGCGCAAUCGAAUCGUGAAAAGGUAGUUAUGAAAUCGACUCGUGAUGAAUGUGGUUUGGACAUUUUCAAAUCGUUGAUGGGCUAUAAAAUUGAAUCACCAGAAGAUGACAGCCCAGAAACGGAAACUGUCUUAGAUGACGUGGUUGAUAUAUCUCUUAAAAAAGAGUUCCAUUUGUCAAACGAAAAGCUUUGUGAAUCUUUAGAUAUCAUUUUGGAUGACUUCGAUGAUAUAGUUGACGAUGAUAAGCGAAGUGUUGUGAAUGUAUUUAAUAAUGAAGUCUGCAAUAGUAAUGCUGAUGUAGUAUUAGAAGAAAAAUCUAAAGAACAACAGCAAGAUGUAGUUAUUGAUGAAGAAGAAUCGACCAGGCCAGACAUAAUAGAAAUACCAAGCGAAUCCCAAAUGAAUAAUGAACAGUUUAAAGGGUAUUCGACAGAUUCAAGCACGGAAAGUGAAGAUGUUUCAGAUAUCAGAUCCCUAGAAUCAUCUGACAGUAACAAUCUUCAAACUCCCAAUAUAAUUACGAAGAACUGGGUAAACAAAAAUCGGAUAGAAGAAUUAAGAAAACGCCAAGAAGGUAAUAAAAGAAAACGCAAGCUUCCACUUAAGACAGUGAGAAGGGGAAUUCUUUCUCGUGGCAAAAAUCUCCAAUUGCUUCAAGACAAUGUUAGAAUAAGUAAUCAACAAGUACAAAAUAUUUCUCAACAAAAUAAUACUGCAUCAAAUGUGUUGCCACCUACAAAGGAACUAAAGCAAUCAAACCUUUCAGAAUUUGAUUUAUAUGGAACCAAAAAUGUUAACAGAAAUGUCCGAAGACAAUUGUUAGGAUAUAACGAUAAGCCAGUUGGCUUUAAUCAUGGAGAGAAAGUGAAUUUAAUAAACAAGGAUGCUAGAAAUGAAAACAACGCAGUGCCGAAGUACGAAAUGGAUGAACGUAAGCCAGUUCCUCAUACUAUUCAUGAAACUAUUGAUUUUAAGCAACCAGGAAUUGGAAAUGAGAACAAACCUCUUUCCAAACUCAACCAAAAACCGAAUGUGGAAAAUAAUUGUGCUGGACAAAACCCAACUAGAGAAUAUUCUGCACCUCAAAGUGUCAAUUAUCUAAGAAACCAGAUAGCGGGAAAUCAAUAUAACACAACUCAGAAAUUCCAAAUGGUACCAUGUAAUCCACGUCUUGAUCCUAAUCGAAAAACAAUUGUGGGAAAUAUAGCGAGUGGUCAAAACCAAACUAGAGAACAUCCUGGAUAUGCUGGUAAGAUAGUUAGUGUAGAUAAGAAAGCUGGAAAUCAAGGAAGUAUGGUUUUGAAACACCAAAUGAAGCCACAAAAUCCAGGAUGUUCUGUCAAUUAUCUAACAAACCAGAGAGUUGGAAAUGAAAAUACGAUGUUCCCGAAACACCAAAUGGUACCACGUACUCUAGCUUUUAAUCCUCAAACUAGUGCUGGCUUUAAGCGACAAGAAAUUAAAUGUGAAAACAAACCACCAUUAAAAUUAAAUAUGGCAAAUAAUUGUACUGGACUAAACCAAACUAGAGGAUGUCCUGGCAAUCCAUUAGCUGUAAAUCAGAAUAGGAUAAUCUCGAAAUACCAAAUGGUACCACGUAAUCCAUUUCUUGAUCCUAAUCACGAAACAAUUGCUGACUUUAAGCGUCAAGAUAAUAAAUUUGGAAACAAACCUCCUUCACAAGUAUAUAUGACAAAUAAUUGUUAUGGACCAAACCCCAUUAGACAAUGUCCUGGCAAUUAUCUAAGAAACCAGAUGGCUGAAAAUCAAAAUAGGAUGGUCCCGAAAUUCCAAAUGCAACCACGUUUAGCUCCUGAUCCUAAUCGUAAAACAAUUGCUGACCUUAAGUGUCAAGAAAAUAGAAUUGGAAACAAGCCCACUUCAAAACUAAAUGUAGAAAAUAAUUCUGUUAAUCGCAAUCUAUAUAAUUACAAUAUUCUUAAUAUCAUGGAGAGCCAUGAUAAAUCGAAUACAAUAAUUCACUCAAGUAAUGAAAAUGGCUAUAAUGGUAAUAAUAUGGUAACUACUAGCGAACACUUCUCGGACAAUGAAAACACCAAAGUUUCAGAUUCCGGAUCUACAGAAUAUGAAUCUUCUUCUGAUGAUGUUGUUGAAGAUAUUUCGAUGAAAGAUUCAAAUUCGAUAAAUGUAUUUUUACCUCAAAAAGUAAAUAGUAAACAAAACAGAAAGGUAUCAGAUAGAAAACCAGGAACAAAUGACGAAUUCGAUUUAAGCACACAAAGCGAGUCUUCGGACUCUAGCGAAGUUGAAGAAGAAGCGCCUAAAAACAGUGGACCCGCUUUUAUUCCUCAUAAUAUGAGCAAUGAACGAAACAAAAUCGUAUCUGCAGGAAUAACGGAAACAUCCACGCAUUAUUCAAAAGAUGGCGAAUCUUCAAAUUCUAGCUCUGAGAAAAAAGACGUCACAGAUGAUCCUAAAGAAUUAUCUAUGAAGGACAAGGAGCACGCCCAAAAAGUAAAGAGAACAACUGGAAAAUCCAUGCAUUAUUCCACAGAUGACCACUCUUCAGAUUCCAACUCAGAAGAAGACGAAUCCUCAGAUGAUACUGAAGAAUUAUCUAUAAAAAAUGAUGAGCAUAAACAAAAAGUAUAUGGAGGAACUGGAAAGUUAAUGUUCGAAGAUGAAGCCUCAAAUGGUCCUAAAGAUUUAUCUAUUAAGGACAGGGACAACAACACAAAAGUAUAUGGACGAGGAAAGAUAAUGUUCGAAGAAGAAGAAAGAGUCCCAGAUGAGUACAAGAUUUUACCUUCGAUACACAAUAACGAAAAUAAGAAAGUAUAUGCGGAAAGAACUGGGAAAUCCAUGUAUAAUUCGAAAGAUGAUGAAUCCUCAGAUUCUAACUUAGAAGAAGAAGACGAAGUCUUAGAUAAUCCACCUAUAAAAGAUAAUGAGCACAAUGGAAAUGUAUAUGGAAAAAGAACUGGAAAGUUAAUGUUCGAAGAAGAAGACAAAGCCUCAGAUGAUCCCAAAGAAAUCUCUAUUAAGGACAAGGACAACAACAGAAAAGUAUAUGGACGAGGAAAGAUAAUGUUCGAAGAAGAAGAAAGUGUCCCAGAUGAGUACAUGAAAUUUACUACGAUAAACAAUAACGAAAAUAAGAAGGUAUAUGCGAGAGGAACUGGAAAAUCUAUGAAUAAUUCAACAGAUGACGAAUCAUCAGAUUCUAAUUUAGAAGAAGAAGAAGUCUCAGAGGAUCCACCUAUAAAAGAGAAUGAGCCCAAUGGAAAUGUAUUUGGAAGAAGAACUGGAAAGUUAAUGUUCGAAGAAGAUGACAAAGCUUCAGAUUAUACUAAAAAAUUACCUAUGAAGGAGACAGAACAAAAUGAAAAAGUAUAUAAAAGAAGAACUGGAAAGUUAAUGUACGAAGAAGAAGACAAAGCCUCAGAUGAUCCCAAAGAAUUAUCUAUUAAGGACAAGGACAGCAACAGAAAAGUAUAUGGACGAGGAAAGGUAAUGUUCGAAGAAGAAGAAGAAGUGCCAGAUGAGUACAAGAAAUUACCUACGAUAAACAAUAACGAAAAUAAGAAGGUAUAUGCAAGAGGAACUGGAAAAUCUAUGCAUAAUUCAACAGAUGACGAAUCAUCAGAUUCUAAUUUAGAAGAAGAAGAAGUCUCAGAGGAUCCACCUAUAAAAGAGAAUGAGCCCAAUGGAAAUGUAUCUGGAAGAAGAACUGGAAAGUUAAUGUUCGAAGAAGAUGACGAAGCUUCAGAUCAUACUAAAAAAUUACCUAUGAAGGAGACGGAACCAAAUGAAAAAGUAUAUAAAAGAAGAACUGGAAAGUUAAUGUACGAAGAAGAAGACAAAGCCUCUGAUGAUUCCAAAGAAUUAUCUAUGAAAGAUAAGGAGCACAACAGAAUAGUAUAUGGAAGAGGAAAGAUAAUGUUCGAAGAAGAAGAAAGAGUGCCAAAUGAGUACAAGAAAUUACCUACGAUAAACAAUAACGAAAAUAAGAAGGUAUAUGCGAGAGGAACUGGAAAAUCUAUGCAUAAUUCAACAGAUGACGAAUCAUCAGAUUCUAAUUUAGAAGAAGAAGAAGUCUCAGAGGAUCCACCUAUAAAAGAGAAUGAGCCCAAUGGAAAUGUAUCUGGAAGAAGAACUGGAAAGUUAAUGUUCGAAGAAGAUGACGAAGCUUCAGAUCAUACUAAAAAAUUACCUAUGAAGGCGACGGAACAAAAUGAAACAGUAUAUAAAAGAAGAACUGGAAAGUUAAUGUACGAAGAAGAAGACAAAUCCUCUGAUGAUUCCAAAGAAUUAUCUAUGAAGGAUAAGGAGCACAACAGAAUAGUAUAUGGAAGAGGAAAGAUAAUGUUCGAAGAAGAAGAAAGAGUGCCAAAUGAGUACAAGAAAUUAUCUACGAUGAACAAUAACGAAAAUAAGAAGGUAUAUGCGAGAAGAACUGGAAAAUCUAUACAUAAUUCGACAGAUGACGAAUCAUCAGAUUCUAACUUAGAAGAAAAAGACGAAGUCCCAGAUGAACCACCAAAAUUACCUAUGACUGAGAAUGAACACAAUGGAAAUGUAUAUAGAAGAAGAACUGGAAAGUUAAUGUUCGAAGAAGAAGAAAUAGAAGAUAAAGAAAACUCAGAUAUUCACAAGAAAUUAUCACCAAUAAACAAGAAAGAAAACUUAAAAGUAUCUGCAGGAAGAACUGGAAAAUUCAUGCAUUAUUCAACCGAUGAAGAAUCUUCAGAUUCUAAUUCAGAUAAAGAUGAAGCCUCAUAUGAUUCUAAAGAAUUAUAUAAGAAUACCAAUGAUCACACCGAAAAAGGUAGAAAAACUGGAAAAUCGAUGCAUUGUUCAACAGACGAUGAAUCUUCAGAAGAUGAAGUAACCUCAGAUGAUGAUCAAGACUUAUCUAUAAAGAAUAAUCUUCAAACCGGCAAAGUAACUGCAAGAAGAACUGGAAAAUUAAUGCUUGAAGACAAAGGGGAAGAUGCUUGUAAGAAAUUACCUAUGACAAAGAAGACAGAUGAUGAAUGUUCACAUUCUUACUCAGGAGAAGACGAAGCUUCAGAAGAUUCAGAUAGUUCCAAAGGAAGAAAAACUGGAAAAUUCAUGCGCUCUAAGAAUUUAUUAGAAGACGAAUCAGAUUUAAGUUCGCCAAGUGAGUUUUCAGAUUCUAGCGGAGAAGAAAAAGAAAAGCUAAAUAAAAAAUUAUCUGGAAGAAAAUCUGGGAAAUCCCUGCCCCCUAAAAGUUCAUCAGAUGAAGAAUCCGACUUAAGUCCGCCAAGCGAGUUUUCAGAUUCUAGCGGAGUAGAAGAAGAAGCACCAGAUGUUGCAGGAAAAUUACCUUUGGGGGGAAGUGAACAAAAUAAAACAGUUUCUACCGGAAAUACUGGGAAAUCCAUGUCACCCAAGAAUUCAACAGAUGACGAAUCCGAUCUAAGUCCGCCAAGCGAAUUUUCAGAUUCAAGCGGAGUAGAAGAAGAAGCACCAGAAACUGUGAAAUCCAUGUCAGAUGACGAAUCCGAGUUUUCAGAUUCUAGCGAAGUAGAAGAAGAAGCACCAGAAACUGUGAAAUCCAUGUCAGAUGACGAAUCCGAUCUAAGUCCGCCAAGUGAAUUUUCAGAUACUAACUCUGACGACAACGAAGAUGCUUCUGAAAUGUCCACAAGAGUCGGAAGUUCGUCCGAAGAUGACUCGGAUGAUAGCAAUGUUGUGGAUAAAAAUAGAAGCAAUGAAGAUAAAGAGCUGGAAAAAAGUAUAUCCAUGGAUAAGAAUUCAAGAUCAAUAGAAGCUAAAGAAAAUAUCACCUCAGGGUUAAAGCAAUUUGAAAACUCGUCUAGUAAUGAAGCUUCAGGCGAAAAUAAUAUUGACGAUAAGCCCUCUGACGAUGGUAACAAUAUUUUACAUAUAGAAAAACAGAAAGACGACUUCACCAAAACUAAGCAUUUAGCAAGACAAGAAAAUAAUGAAAAUAUAACUAACGUAUUAACGCCGCUUGAAAACUCAGCUUAUGAUGAAGCUUUAGACGGAGGCAGAACAGGAAUAGAUGCAAACUCAUCCAAAGAUGAAUCAUCUAAGAAUUCCGACGAUGGUAUUAAUAUUAUGAAACAACCAAAGCUAAUGGAAGGUGUAAUCAAAAGUUCAACGAUAAGGGAAUAUAGUGAGAACAAAACUGAAGAAGAUUCCCCAGGUAUUGGCAACUCAAAUGUCGGCGACUUCAAGGAUUAGCAAGUGAACUCAAAUAAUGAGUUAAUCAUUGCAACACAAGAGAUAACAAAAGAUAGCAGACAAACUUUUGGAUGAGGCCAAAAUUUUAUAGCAAAUAUAGACGAUCGGGAGAGCGAUAUUAAAGGUAUAACUGAACAGAGGAAGGAAGAAUCGAAGCAAGAUGAAGGCUCACCUAAGAAUUAAAUUUCAGAUAAAAUGUAAAUCCAGUUAAAAAUAAUAAAAAUUAGCUGCAGCGAAAAUAGUGAAAUAAAAAAGGAAGAAUAUAGAAUUGAAGAACAUUGAGAAGAAGGAUACCAGAAGAACAGAUGAGCAGUUGAGAAAUUUUUCGAUUCAUGUUCCGAUAGAAGUUGAAUACAAUGAAAUUGAAGCUUUAGAUUGCCAACGAAAAUAAUACUCAAAAGGUAUUUUAGUAGAUUUUUAUUGUCAGUGUAAUAUAUGCAGAUAUUGUAACCAAAAAAGAUGAAAAUAAAAGACAUAAAUAAUUCGUUA